CCAGGCCCAACGUGCUAGCUACACUUUUCCGCUAUGGGAAAGUUGCGUCGCAUCGUCGCUCUGGACUGUCCAGUCCUGCCUUUAGCUGCGGCAUCGGAUGCAUGCGCGGCACAGACACAGGCCGAUAGUUCUGCGCCGAUAACGGUUUGAGAUGGCGGGCCGUUUUCCAGCCUUCCUUUCUUCCUUCUGUGCGCUGCUUUCCACGUCUUCCAUUAUCCAGUCAUCGUCUCGGCCAAAACACCCACAGGCUCUUCACCUCACACUUCAAUUUCAUCCUGAGCCCUGUCUAGCGAGAGAUCGAAUAUCGUCGUUGAAGACUUGGGUUCGAUCGGGGUCUGGACCGUCCGGCCCCUGUCCUGCCCCAUGCCCUUAUCGUGCCCUUUGGGACCCGCGUGAUCUGAUCCACCGGGCGCGAAGCGAGACUGUGUUCUGGCCAGCAGCCGUUGAGGCGCCUGUGUGGCGUUUGAUUCUUGUUUUCCAAUUACCUUGGCACUAUUUAUCUCUGGCUUCUCACACAUCUUAGCCUGUUGCCGACCGUCCUGCCCUUUAGCAUUGAUGCUCUCACUCAUCACUUCUGCCGCAACCGGGCAGGGCUCACCCCGUUGCAGCCGAUUGGGGUUCGCUCCGGGCUGAUGUGCAUUAGCUUGAAUCCCUUAAGCGAUUUUCGUCCUUGAUAUCCACACUUCCCCGCUCUGUCCGUUGUGUCCCCUCCGAGUUUCGACGGCUUUCAGUCUU